AUGACCGUGACAAAGGGGGAUGACAGGUCCAAUGGCUACGGCUUCCAGAAAGGGCAGUGGGAAUUUGAUGCCUCCGUGGUUGCCAACUGGGACCGCGAGGUGACGGGGCACAUUCCCGACUACUGGAAGCUGCUCCCGAAAUUCGCCGAGGUGGUGGACCGCAUCCAUGGUACGGACGCGUCCGUCCUGUUCUACAACACUGGCCCUGGCAACCAUCUCGAUCCCUAUGUGGAAAGAGGGUGGCGCACUGAUCGGCUGCACGCCACCCAAUACCAGCAGCCGGUGCUUGACGCCUUCGUGAAGCGCUUUCCGAGCGUCAAUGUACAGCUCGUCGAUCAAGCCUCGCGUCCCUUUCUUCCCACAAAGCUGGACAGAGAGUUUGACGUCGUCUCGAUUCAUUGGGCCAUGCACUUUGAGCCACCAGACACGCGCCCCACUCUGAUGCGUGACGUGUUUGACGUCCUCAAAGGAGGAGGCACUUUCCUUUUGACAGAGAAGACUUCGCAACCACAAGUGAUUGAGGAUAUGUACUACGACUACAAAAGGGCGCAGGGUGUCACUGAGGAAGAGAUCCAGAAGAAGCGCGCUGCGAUUGUUGGAGUGCUUGAGACUCGCACCUCGCUCUGGUAUGAAGAAAAGUUGGCGGAGGCGGGGUUCGUUGACAUCACAGUGUUGCAUGCCACCAUAGGCUUUGUGUCUUGGCUUGCACGCAAGCCUGCCAAUGAUGCAGUCUAG